AUGAUGCAACCGAUUGCCGAACAAUUUAUCAGCUUCUAUACCUAUACCCUCUACACGGGAGAGUUUUGUAAUACCGUAUUGACCAUCAAAGAAAUUAAUCGUUAUGAAAAUGGUAAAUUUCAAAAUACAUUUCUAUUUCCGGAUCAUAUGAGAAAUUUUCAUGGCUGUAAGCUGACAGUGUGUGGUCAUGUUGUUGAACCACUACUGCAGUUCAAUGGUGAUGUGAAUAAUCGGAAACAUUUGAAGGAUAUGAGUCGUCUAAGUGGUAUAGAGGGUGAAAUUUUGAAAUUGGUCGCCUCGACAAUGAAUAUGAAAUUGGAAUAUCGUUUUACAUCGAACGACUAUCGGGUGACAUCGAAUGAUUAUAGUGUGCGUUGGGAUAGUAAUUUUACGGGAUGCCUGGCGGAUUUACAUGAACGUCGCGCCGAUAUGGCCAUUGGCGGCCUGGGAGCCCUUAUGCCGAACAGUACCAAAUUCAGUAUAUCCUAUACUCAUCACACAUCACCAUAUGUAUUUGUGGUGCGCGGAGGACGUCCAUUUGGACCGAUAACACAAUUACUAAAUCCUUUGCAACACAAUGUUUGGCAGGCUAUCGUAGCACAACUGCUGAUACUUAUCGCCCUAAUCAAUUGGAUAGAAAGACGUGGCAAACGUACCGUUCGCAAUUUCAUAUUGGGAGCACAUAAUAAAUAUUCGAUACAUCAUUUAUUUGUAACACUACUGGGUAGUCCCCUGCCAAGUUAUGCAGUGCCGAGGAGGAACUUUGCACGUUUUUUAUUUAUUGCCUGGCUUCUAUGGACACUGGAACUGCGUAAUUUUUAUCAGGGUAAAAUGUUUGAUAGCCUGCGACUGGCAAAAUAUCAACCCACACCGAAAACCAUAAGGGAACUUAUUGAGAGGGACUACACCCUGCUAUCGCCACAUUAUGCUGAUUUUUAUCCACGUAACAAAACCGUAAUUAUAUCCCAAGAUGAGGAACGUUUAACAAAUUUGAAUAAUAUGGAGGAUAUGCCAUUCGCCACUCCGGCCAUAUUGGAUUUUAUGGCCUAUUAUAAUAUGAUUAAUUUCAAGUCAUCGACUCUGACCUAUGUCGAUGAGAUUAUCUAUUUAUUUCAUUCGGCUUUGUUCUUUCCCAAACAUUCGAUAUUAGUGCCGAGUUUUAAUCGAAGAUUUAAGUUACUCUCGGAUUCUGGUAUUACUUCGUAUGUGGCUCGCCAAUAUAUUCAUCCAUAUUUUCACAAUACCCAAGAUCAUAUCAAUACUGGAGAUGCCCAACAAAUAACAUAUAAAAAUUUAAUUGGCUUGAUUUAUAUCUAUAUUGCAAUGAAUGGAUUGUCGCUGUUGAUAUUUCUCAUGGAAUUGGGUACGAAGAGAUUUGCAGUAUUGAAACGUAUAAUAGAAGGAUUGAAUUGA